AAAAAUUAAUGUUAGUGUAGAAAUUUGUGUUUUCAGCAAUCACUAAAAACAAAUUGAUUAAAAAAUUGGCUUUUGUGUUUCGAAGCCGACAAUUUUUCUCUAAAAACAAGUAUAGAUGUUACACGGCUAUUGUUGUCUGAAAAGGGAUUUGCCGAACAAGUUGUUUUAUAACUUCAGACACAGGAAAAACAAUAAGAAUUUAUUUAUUUAUUUGUUUAUUUUGUGGGCGAACUGCUUGUAUGGAGGUUCCUACCUAAUCUAGUGAGUCCCUGACCUUUUCCGUGCUCAAUACAAGAUAACUAGACCCAAACAGACAAAUGCCCUAAAUCCCCCCUAUUUUCUGGUGAAGAUUUCUCGCUUGUCUAUCUAAUUGCACAAAAGAGGGAAAAGGUUUAUUCGCCUGUGAAAUUAAUUUAUGAGUUUUCCAAACAAAUCAACGCCAAUAAAGACAAGAGAAUGGAUUCGCAUAGUUUCAAUAUUCCGCCCCAAGUCCCCCAACAAACAGAUGAUAUCAUCAGCAUAGAUCGUAAGCCGUACGAGGCAGCAGCAGCUAGGGGCCAAAUUUCUGAAUUUGAACAACAUAAAGAUCGUCUUCACCGCUUACUGACUCGAGGUGGGAAUACAGUCCUCCAUAUCCAUUUCAAAAACAGAUUAUUACCUGCUGAAAAACCAAAAUCAGCCAACUUUGGGUUAGAGAUACUGUCUAAGAUGUUUCCUGCACUUAAUCAUAGCGAAGAAGACAUUGAUCCUGAAACAAAGUCAGCCAACUUUCUGAAAAAUAUCCUUGAGAUGUGUCCAACAUUGUUGACGCAACAGAACCGAAUCGGAGAAAAUCCACUGCACAUAGCAGCAAAAUACGGGGAUGUUUUUGCCGUGAAACUACUUCUUGAUCAAUGUGCAAAAGAUAAUAUUGGUAGUAGUGUUGAUCAUCAUGUAGACAGUGAAAGCGGUUUCUGUGGGGUCAGCAAGCAGAUGUUGUUGAGGAUGAAGAAUAACGCCGGAAACACAGCGUUGCAUGAGUCAAUAUUAAUGGGGCUUAAGCGUAACAUGUGGAGAGCUCCUAUUUACAUAUCUGUCAAGGGGCCCCAAAAAAAAUUAAGAAGAUUAUGAAGAAAUGGAUUAAAUUUUCAUAAAUAUUAUAAAAAUUUAAUCAAUUUCUCUUUGUGACCCAAAUUUUCUUUCCGCUAAUCAAAAACAAAAAUUUUACUACUUUUUCAAGUUUUUAAACCUUGCAUACAAUAAUUCAUUGAAAUAGUUAAACUACCUCACUGAAAGAAGCUGAAUGUUAGUUGGUUCCUUGGGUGAGUCUUUCAAAAUACAUAUUACUACAAUAAUUCAUUCUAAUAACACUAAAGAAAGACUCCUGGAGAUUUUUCGCGUUCUUUUUUUUUUUUUUUUCUUGA